AUCAGACAAUACAGAUAACGUUAUACAAACCGUCACAAUAGUUGAGAUGACAGUCAGCAAAGAAUAUUUUAAUAACACGCCUGUAUGUAAUAACAGUAGGACUUUCGUUUAUAUUUUAAAGAAGGAUGGAAUAUUUGCCAGACUCUAACGCCAGAUAUAAAGAUGUGGAUUACUGGAAUGAGCGGUACCGGACGGAGGAGAGCUUCGAGUGGUUCGGAGACUUCACUAAAUUUGGACAUCUGCUCAAACAGCAUGUGGGAUCUGAAGAAAACAUUUUAAUGCUGGGUUGUGGUAACAGUGCUCUGAGCUAUGAUAUGUACCAGGCCGGCUACACCUCCAUCACUAAUGUGGAUUACUCCAGUGUUUGUGUGGAGAGCAUGGCGGAGAGACACAAGGACUGCGCUCAGCUCAGCUGGUUGUGCAUGGACGCCCGUCGACUGGCCUUCUCUGACGGUGUGUUUGAUGUGGUUUUGGAGAAGGGAACUCUGGACGCCAUGCUGGUGGACGAGACUGACCCGUGGAAGGUCUCCGAGAAGGCGGCCCGACUGCUGCACCAGGUUCUCUUAGAGGUCAGUCGUGUUUUGAAACCCGGAGGCCGUUUCAUCUCUGUUACAUUUGCGCAGCCACAUUUCCGUAAGAGACUCUACGCUCGAGCAAAGUACGACUGGUCUAUCAAGCACUAUCACUAUGGCAGCAGCUUCCACUACUUCCUGUAUGUUCUCACUAAAGGGGAGGAGCUUAGCCCAGAGGAUGCGGCACUGGAGAAGAGACUGCUCCAGGAAACUCAGGCUUCACCCACGGGUGUCACAUUUCAGGAAGUGGAUUCUGAGGACUUCCUAAAUAACAUUGGAUUAUAGGGACUUGUACAGCAUUUUUUUCUCACCCAUGUUGUUCCAAAUUCAUCUUUCUUUCAUGGAAGAUGUUUCUUUUUUCUCUUUUUUACUUUUAAUCUACUUUUGUGUUCCAGGGAGGAAAUAAAGUCAUACAGGUUUUUGAAACAACAUGUGUUUGAGUAAAUGAUGACAAAAAUUUAUUUUUUUGUUGAACUAUCC